AUGGUUACCCGUACUCCUUUCGUCUUUGGCUUCUGCCUCAUAUUAUUAAUUAACUUCGAGGGUCUAGACAGCGCCCGUUACAUUGGCAGAACACCUAACGCUGCCUCGGCUAUCCUCGAUAAUUCGCAAAAUAAAAAGUGCGACGGGUGCAAUGCACCCGGUCAUCCAAGAGGCCACGCAUCCUACCCUGCCGCUCGUGGACCGCUGGACAGCGUAGAAAAUUAUUCCAACUCGACGAACUCGCAGAAAUCUGGUUUCUUAAGUAGAGGCGAUCAAAAUGCGGUGGCCAAUCAGGCUUUGAUGAAUCAGAAGAGUCAGCAUGCGAUAAGCGAACUGAACAAGGGUAAGAACUCUGAAGCGGUAACGUUGUCGGUGAAAGAUUUCGGUGGUUUCAAGUUACCGAAAAUGAAGGAGUACAACAAGGGUCACCCAUCAAAGAACGAGUACGAUAUCAAGGAAGUUGUAGUAGUAUUACGUCACCAAGCUGGAAAGAAGAAGGACAAGAAUGCCGACGUGUUCGUGCAGACAAUUUAUCCGAAGAAGUAAAGCUCAGAGUGGUGCUAUACUGAGGUGAAAAUCGAAUCCUUAUUUGUAUCUCGAUAAUGAAACGUAACCGCGACUGUGGGUUUGGUUCGUAGUCACAGUAAGAUGGAUCCUUUCGUAUUGAUUUUGCUGUAACAAAAUGGACGUCGAAAAUAAGUGGAGGAAAUGUUUUAAAAUUUCGAUACCGAGUGAGAUUGUUCGAUUCUUGCCUCGAUUUAAUAUAGGACGAAAAUAUGAAUACAGACCCUGCUUUAUCUUGUAACUUACUACAAGCCUUA